UGUAUGUUGUGUUGUGUGUGCGUGGUGAUUUGUGUUAAUGCUGAUAGAAAGAAAUUAAAUAAAAUCAGGUAUAUUUUGACGAUGAAACUUACAUAAAUGUGAAGAAACACAGUGUUUUGUGUUAUCAAGUGAUAGUGAAUCCGUCGGGAGGCGGUAAUCGUGUACGUUCUUUCGCUAUUUGUGGAUUCUGGAUCUCGUCGAUGUACCAUAAACAAAAAUGUCAGCGAUCCCGAUUUUUUGUUUCUUGCUGCAUACCCAUCGUUAUACCUUAAUUAGAUCACACGAAUGAUAUAAAAUAAUGUUAGACGCUUUCUCCCGUGGUAUCAUCUCGUUCGAAGAGCGUUCCCGAGGCAAUGAAUCGGCCAUAGUAAACGUGCGUUUCGUGUGCUCGCGCCCGUCUACACCCGACCUAUCUCAUUGUUUAUGUAUGGAGAAUAAGCCAGGAAUUUUUAUGGGGAUUCGCGGUGUAUUCUCGAUUUAAUUGAAUAUCUGGAAACGAUCAGGGUUUCUCGGCGCCUGGUAGUGACGGUGGGGUCGGUCCGCGCCAUCGGCGUCCCCCCGACCGCCAAGGUUUUUCGUGAUCUCUAUUUAUAAUAAUCUCUCGAUCAUUUGGUGCAGCAUAAUGACAUUCUUGUAAUGAAGUGCCGUUCUGUGGAUUUGUGGGACAUGUGCCAAUUAUUGUGCCCGUGACGAAACGCGGCGCGGAUUAGUUUUGUAUGUAUACAAAUGCACAACAUUACUAUUUCACUUACAUGGGAUCACAUGGAAUUUUAUAAUACUGUUGUCCCUUGGCCAUGCACAGUCUAAACACUUUAACUGUGAAUAAAUACGUAAAUCUUCUGUAGAUGUGUUAUUUAUCACAGUAGUGGACAAACAGUCAAGUUGGCGAAGGCACGCAGGGGUAUGAUCAAGGAGAAGGAGAAGGGCGGAGGCGCCCGCCUCAAGGACGAGCCCAGCGAUCCAGCUGAGCCCGGACAUGGGUCCCGCCCGCCGUCAGCGUCGCUGCCUACUCCAGCGGCGUUGAAAAAGGAGCCCGACGAGCCCCCGCACAGGGUCAAGUUGGAGUCCCACAGUCAGUCCGGGGGCGAAGACUCCACAGCCGACCUCGGCGUAGACGGCAUCAAGACAGAGAUCGACGGCCUUAUGGACAGUGACGGUGACCCCACAAAAUCUCCAUCCUGUGAAUUGGGCGGUCCGGGAUCAUUAAAAUCGGAGCGACUUUCUUCAGACUCAAAUGAUAUAUUGGAUCCACAAACAGGUUUAAGGGGCCCAACAAGUAAUCUUCAGGAUCAAAAUCAAAAUUGUCGCAACCCCAACGGCGGUCCAGAGAAUAUGGGGUCAUGUCGCAUGGGAGGUGGAGGGGGUCCAAUGGGGCCCGGGGGCCCGAUGGGCUCCAUGUCUGCAAGCGAGGCGCAGACACUACCCUCUAACGUCAUCAGCAAGCAAGCUGGCAGUAUGGAGCAGCAAAGUCAAAUCUUCGUGUUCUCGACGCUAUUGGCGAAUAAAGGCGCGGAAUCCGUGAUAUCAGGACAGCAUCACUCCAUCAUAGCGUACCAUUGCGCGCAACCAGGCACUAAGAAAUAUCUUGAGAAACACCCCCUAAAAAUGGGCCAGUUCAACAAACAAAGUCCAGCUCAAUGGCUCAACAAUCUCGCGAUGGCCAAAACAAGGGGAGGCAUGCGAGGCGGGCCUAACAUGAUGGGAGGGCCUAAUCAAAUGGGACACAUGAUGGGCGGGCCCAUGGGUCCCAACAUGGGCCCGAUGGGACACGGCGGUAUGGGACAUAUGGGGCCUAAUAUGAUGGGCCCCAAUAGGAUGGGUGGGCCGGGCGGUCAAAUGAUGAUGAUGAAAGGUGGACCGGGACAAAUGGGUCAAAUGGGACCAGGCAUGGGACCGAUGGAUGGGUUUCCAGGGGGCACCCCGUCCUGUGGUGUCAUGGACGGCCUCGGUGCUGAUGGUGAAAUGCCCUGGGACACCAAAAACCCCUCUGUAAUGUCAAAUGGUAUGGCAAAUGGUCCGGGUUCGUUGCCCGCUUGUUCCGAAGCGGGGCCCACGCCUCAAGACGCGCCCACGAGUCAGGCCUCAUCCGACUCUGGGCCUGAUCAACCCUGCCAAACUGGGCCUAAAGGAGUGAAAAUACCAGAUGAGAACUUAACUCCGCAACAGCGAGCUCACCGCGAGGAACAACUAGCCACAAUACGCAAAAUGCAACAAAUGUUAUUCCCUGAAAGUGGGGGCAACAACCCCAACCAGGGCCCCGGCGAUGGUUCCCAGGCCCCCAACGACAUCAACCCACCCAACUCUAGUGCAAACAUGAACAUGUCGCCAUUUCCCCCUAUGUCCAUGGGUCCAAAUGGCCCUAUGGGAUCUGGCCCCAAUGGUCCUAUGGUUUCAAUGUCAAACAGCAUGAACUCUGGUCCAAGUUGCACAAUGUCCGGCCCGAUGGGACCCAACGGUCCUAUGGGCGGUCCGAUGGGCCCAGGAGGCCCUAUGGGUCCCAAUGGGCCUAUGGGUGGACCGAUGGGAGGUAUGGGUGGCCCGGGUGGUAUGGGAAUGGGUGGGCACGGGUCUAUGGGCCCUAACGGUAUGAUGGGGCCAAACGGGCCGAUGAUGUCGGGUAUGGGACCUAAUGGGCCAAUGGGUCCGAUGGGCCCCUGCGGUAUGAAAGGCAUCAGAGGUCCCUGUGGAGGUCCUGAUAUGAAGACUGGGAUGUGUACAGAUAUGCAUAUGGGAAGGGGUUGUGGUGGACCGAUGGGGCGAAUGCCAAACCCCAUGGGAGGUAUGGGAGGGCCUAAACCGUGUAUGAUGGGAGGACCACACAUGGGACCCAGAAUGAUGCCGGGACCUAAUCUCAACGCGAUGAACGUGCCGCGACUUGCAGGUGGUAUCAUGAUGGACGGCGGUAUGAUGGGAGGGAUGGUCCAUGGGGACUGCGGACCGGAACACCAUGGGAUGCCCGUCAACGGACCUAUGUGCGACGAGUAUGGACGUGGGAGAAACAUGGGCCCAGGCGACCCCGGCGGGUUGGGCCCGGGGGUGCACAAGGCGGGGCUGCGCAGUCCCAAGAGCCCCGCCUCAGCGGACAUCGACUGGCAGAAGAUACACCACCAGUUCUUCGACGACCCCAAGUCUAUGGAUAAUGAUAUGAGCACACAAGUAAAGUCACCAUGUUCCGAGAGGGGCGGGUGCCUCCCACCUCCGCCUUACGGGACUUCGCCCUUACACCGUUCCGCCUCUGUGCCUAUAGAUGACCGUUACUCCCGGUCAGCAGCCACGCAGUCCCCAGGCCACGGUUCUGUACAGAUGCCAAUGUCAGCCGAGGCCUCCCGCGCGGGCUCAGGCCUCAACAGUCCCGCGCAUUGCAAGCCCGGGCCUAAGAACGACGCCCCAGAAAUACUAGAGAAGCUAGACGAAGGGGUGUUUGUGCGUACUCUCCAAUGUUUGGCGGCGCAACAGCAGAAGAACCAACAGGGUAACUCGCACGGCAAGGAACCGAGUUUGAUGCCCGUGCCGUCACCACAGCAAAUAUCGUAUCUCAACCAGUUUGAAGGUCAAGAGUUAACGAUACAGAAACAGCCAAACACAUCGUUAAAAGACAAUGGGCCGCCGUCAAACAGUGGAGGGCAGACGCCGCAAUCUAAUUCUAAUCAGAAAUCACCUGCCGGUAUGAUGCCGGGCACCCCGGAGCCGCACGGGUCGCUGUCGGAGGCCCGCGCCGGCCGCUUCUCGCUGGAGCAGAGCCCCGGCUUCAACAACCCGCAGACACCCACCUCGGCUGCCAACACCAAGUGUCAGGACGAGAAAUCCCGGCCAUCACCCCAAUCGAACAGAUCAAGUCAGGACAGCGCGUCAAAAACUCCUCAACGGGACUCUUCAAGCUUGAGCCAAGGUCCUUACGCACCAGCAUCGUCAGCGUCAUCAUGUGGCAGUAAGAGUAGCUGCAGUGUGGCGUCCAGUGCACCGCCCACCACGCCCAGCCAGACCAUGGAUGACUCCAUGGCUGGGAAUAAUGAGACGACACUAUCUGGUGGGCCAAACAGCACGAGUCUUCCCGGACCCUUCCCCGGUCCGUGCAGUAUGAACAGGCCAGACAACAUUCCCAUUAACCCCAACCAGGGCCCCAACGGGCCCAUGACAUCCACGUCUUCCUUCGACCCCAUCUCCUCGCUCGCGCAGAUGUCGCAACAGCUCACAAACACGGUGGGCGGUGGCGGCCCGGGUCCUGGCGGGCCCAUGGGUCCCAACGGCGGCAACAUGGGCCCCUUCGGCUCGGGCCCACACCACAUGCAGCACCAUCACUCAAUGCAUCCGCAUGGACAUCCACAUAUGAUGAUGAAUGAUUUAGGAUGCCAUAUGGACAACAUGGGGGGACCAGGAAUGGGAGGACCCAUGGAGGGAAUGAUGGGCGGCGGUGACUUCCCACCAGACAUGAAUCUUAGUCCGAAAAUGGGUGGUGGCCCCAUGGGAGGACCUAUGGGGCCGAUGGGCCCCGACGCCGGUAUGAUGGGGCCACGGAUGGGCGGCGCCGGCAAGAUGCCGCCGUUCAACGGCGCCAACGUGCAGGUGAAGGCGAGCGCGCCGAACACGAUCCAGUACCUGCCCACGCGGCCGCAGAUGGCGUGCAACUCGGGCCCGCGCGGCCCGCCCAGCCUGGACUUCCUGCAGCGCGUCACCAACCCGCAGAUGCAGAUGGAAGGCAAGGGCGGCGUGGCGUACUUUCCGCGCGGCAUGGACAUGGAGGGCGGCAUGCGCGGCGUCAUGCGGGCGCCCGCCAUGCUGCGCAUGCCGCACCACUACCCCGCCGGCUUCAACUCGCCGCCCAAGCUGCCCGACCCCUUCGGCGCGCCGCCGCCCAACCCCAUGUGCGGGCCCGGCUUCCGCGGCGUCAAAGGCGGCAUGGGCCCCGGCAACGUGCGCAUGGGCUCGGCGCAGCCGCUGCCGCCGUCCAUGGGCGGGCCGGGGCCGGGCUUCAAGGGGCAGGGCUUCGCGGUGCCGUCGACGGCGGACCCCACGUACGCGGCGCAGUUCCACAACUUCCAGCAGCAGCUGUACGCGACGGGGUCCCGCGCCGCGCAGCCGCACCAGGCCUACCCGCCCUACCAGCCGUCCAAGUGAUGCCCCGCGACUGUCGUUCUUUUGUAUUGCAGACUGAUCGGUGGUAGUUUGUGUUCGGCGGCGGCGAGCGACGCGACCGUACUUAAUAAAUUGUACACCAGUGAAAUGAGAGAUCAAAUAUUUUGUUAGUGAUUUUCGUUAGUCCGCGUAUUAUUGUGAGAUUUUUCGAUGUUGUGAAGUUUUUCUAACUAAUUUUAUUAUGUUUAUUAGCGUAUCGGUUUCGUUUUAGGUCAUUAUUCUAGGUUUCUUGACUGAGCAUGAAUUUUAUGUUAGUGAAUGCAGAUGCGUUUGUACAAAUUGUACAAAAUUUAGACGUGUUAUUGUGUACUCUACAUAAUUUAAAGUACAGUUUUAGACGUAAUUUUUUGCUUAUGGCAAUAAAUUAGUUUUAGAUGGUUUUUUACACAGACAUGCCAGAAUUUCAGUGUAUCGGUUCCUUUACUUAGCUAUUUUUUAUAUAUGAUUCCUAUGCACACAGAUAUCUAGUCAAUUUUGAAAUUAAUGGAGCCCAACCCUGUGUUAAAAUGUAAUCUUAAAACUAUUGAAUCCGCACUUUGGUUACUUUAAUAACACAGAAGUACAUAAUUUUAUAUGUUUUGUCCAUUUUAGUUUUAUAUUAAUUAAUCUAAUUAGUGAAAUUGGUUUAUUAUAAUUAUUUGGCUUAACGGUCAGUAGAAAUUGAAAAGUAAUCAGUUUUUUUAACUGUUUCAUUUGAUCUGAAUAGCAAUGUUUUUUCUGUCUUCCAAUACCUUUACUAGGCUCUUAAUAUAACAAUACCGCUUGUGUCGAGUAUAUCAUUAUCGUUUUAUACUCUACUUAAAGCUAAAACUUGCAAAAAACAAGUGCUAGUAGUCUUUACUUUUAAUAAUUAAAAGUACUUAAAAUCUGAUGCCAUAUUAUUUGCCACAUGAAUUUAAUUUCGUGAUAUUUUUAACCGUCUUAUUUAAUUUAUUAUCGUCUGUAAUUCUGUAUGAACAAUGCCAAGAUUAUCUGAUCGCAACAGUUUUUGUUUUAAUCAUAGUACAUAGGGCAUAUUAAUAUGCUAGGCUAGUAGUCGCACAUUGUGGUUGACACAGUGGCCUUGGUUAAGUAAUGCCUUGUUUAUAAAGCAAUGAACCCCGGCGGAUGCGGAGCGAUGAGCGAUCACACAGCGGACCUGCGUGCAGACUGCACUACUCCACACUAAUACUAAAUCAUGCACAUCGUCACUACUCUCACUCUAAUAAACUAAAACUCACAUCUUACAUAUUUCUAAACGUGGCCAGCUAAUUUGUGUAGCACAAAUGAUCACCCAAAUUAGCUUCACGUUUAAAAUAGUAUCAAACAGUUAAAAAAGACGUGUUAUAAAUAAUAUCGGCAUUGAAAUACAUCGUAGUGUUCACAAAAUCGCGCAAAUUAUGAUCUCCAUUUUAUUUGAAUAGGUCUGUAAUUUGAACUGUGUCAAAUUAUCUAUGCCAGCGAUAUGUUAAUCGGUUUUUAAUGUUGUUGCAAUCACUCUGGGAAUAAUGAAUGAGUUACAUUUGGGACAUGGCGAAUGUGUCCAACGUAAGGUCUAAGCUAAAUUUGAGCAUCAUAACGAUACUAGUCCAGUACUCCCGUGAUCUCAUUUACUGCUUUGUGCCAAUUGCCAAGUAUCGUUGGGUGACGUAACACGUCGAAUAAAUAGUCUCGGACACACGAAGCGCGUUCCAACGAAAUUAUUAUAAAGAUUUAUAAGCCGCGGUGUAAGCUCAAUGUAGCACAGUCUGCACUCAGCUCUAGAUCUCGAGAUUACAAAGGGCAUGGAGUAAUGUGAGAAACAGCACAACAGUCCAGUAAGAAACACCCGCUAGCAAUUAGAUAGUCUUAAUUUAAUUGUAAUUAUAAUAUAAGGUAAAGAAUGGUUCUUGUUUUAGUAAUAAGCGAAGAGCAAUGAUAUAAAAAUAGUUUGUGUAAUAUUGAUAAGAGAUGAAAUUAAGAUGCAAACUAUUGGUUGUGAUUCUGACACAAUUUGUUAAGUUGUUCGUAGAUUUGUCACACGGAGAAUUGUGGAAACUUUACUGAUUCACGAUAAGGCCCUUUUUAAUUUUAUUUUUUUGUUUUUGGAUAUUUUUUACUUGUCGUUCUCGUUUGUACAUCGCUAACAAUAAUUGUACAGAGUACUUUUGGACUUAAUUUAAGGCAAUAAAUGUAUUUAUUUUAUAACUCGUGAUGUAAGAAUUUAUUCUUAAUUAUUAUAAAAAAAUAUAUAAUAUGCUUGUAA